AUGGUAGUUGGAGCAUACCGUCAUAGAAGAAGGUCUAGCAUCAAGGAGAUAACAUGGAGUGAAGAUGUGCGUGCUCAUAAAAGAGCCCUCUGGAUAGACACAUUAAUGAAUGAUACAAUAUGUCGGGAGCAACUACGUCUUAAUAGACGUUGUUUUGAGAAGUUGUGUGCCAUUUUACGGUCUAAAGGAGGAUUGGUGACUUCUAGGAAUGUCACGGUGAGAAAAGCUGUGGCAUUUUUCCUACAUGUUAUUUCUCAUAACUUGAAGAAUCGAACCGUUGGAGUAAUAUUUUUUCGUUCCGGAGAAGCUAUAAGCCGACAAUUUCAUACGAUGCUCCGAGCGGAUAUGAAUAUUGGGAAGUAUUAUGUCAAACAAGCAGAAUCCACAACUAGUUAUGCCGGAGAUAUCAAAUGGAAAUGGUUUGAGGGUGUACUUGGAGAACUUGAUGGGACACACAUUCAAAUGACUGUCCCUCUUGAGGAUCAACCUAGAUAUCGAGAUAGAAAGGGUGAUAUCAACACAAAUGUCCUUGCCAGGCCUAAUGGUUUAAAGUAUUAUCUUGUGGAUUUGGGGUUCACCAAUAGUUGGGGUUUCUUAGCUCCAUACAGAGGCACUUGGUACCAUUUGAAUUUGUGGCGAGGGAAUACUCUAACAAAUUACAAGGAGCUCUUCAAUCUGCGACAUUCAUCUGCUCGAAAUGCUAUUGAAAGAGCAUUUGGAGUGUUGAAAAAACGAUGGGCCAUUCUUAGAACAUCAAACUUCUUUGACAAAAAGACUCAAGUUAGAAUUAUAAAUGCUUGUUUUAUUCUUCACAAUUUCGUAAGAGAUGAAAAUAUGGAAGAGAAUGAUUUAUUGCGUGAGGUGGACGGGGAGCUUGAAAAUACAAACACAUUUGAUAGCGACAAUGAGGUUGAUGUUGAUUAUAUUACAAGUGCUCGAGCAACGGAUGAGUAG